AUGAACGUCAGUCAGGUAGCCGAGACCGACUCGUUGGCGAGCCCAGCAGUAACGGCGUACGAGCCUCCACCCAAGAUAGCAGAUUUACACCGGGAUCCAGACCUCCACACUCCGCCGCACUCCCAAAGCCAACCAUACGCCCAAAGCCAACCACACACCCAACCCCACCCACAAACCCAGCAGCCGAAAGAACCACAACCAGACCGCGAACGCCGCUUCGAAUGCCCCGAAUGUGCCAAACGGUUUCUGCGACGGCAGGACCUCAGCCGCCAUUCUGCCACGCACCUCAACGGCUUCAAACCUUUCCACUGCGAUCAUUGUGGGACGGGGUUCACUCGCCAGGACGCGUUGCAUAGGCACGGCAAGGCGAAGAAAUGUGCAGAGAAGCGCAGCUUGAGCAACGAUUCGCAGAUGGACUGA